AUGAUUUCAAACAAUACGGAAACUGAUAAAAAAUAUCAAAACAUCAUUACUGAAAAGUUAAGAGAAUUAUUAGGAGAAUAUGAAGUUGAUAUAUUGACUGAGUAUGUUUGGCAUAUGGCCGGAAAUUCAAAAAGUGGUAGUGAAUUUAUGUGUAAUGAAUUAAAAGACUUUUUAGGAGAUCAUACUACAGUUUUCGUUGACUGGUUAUUAAAACUUAUUGAUGAAAUAAAAAAAAAUCAAAAAGACGAUAAUUUAAAUGAUGAUAAAUCAAGAUCAAAUAAAAGCCAUGAUUCGCGAUCGAAACAUUCACUCACUCAAUCCAAGAAAUCAAAAAGUUAUUUAAAGGAUUAUGAUUCAAAUAAAAGAAACAUUUCACGUUCCAGAAAAGGAUCCAAAAGUAUUCGAAGUAGUAGUGAUAAAUAUUCUAAUAAUGAUCCUGACCCAUUUUCAAAAAAAUAUAAAAAAAGACAAAGGGAAAUAAGUAUCAGAUCCAACUCUUCAAGAAUUCAUUCGCGAAAGUUUCAUUAUGAUCGAAAUCAAUCUAGAAGGCGAUUAAAUGAUAAUGAAAAAUAUGAUAAAAAAUUAAAAUUAAGAGAAAAGGGUCGAAUAAACGAUAGAAGUUAUAGUCGUUCAUUAUCACCUAAUAGAAAAAUUUAUGUUGAAAAAAAAGGUGGAGUGAAAAAAGGAAACAAAGAAUAUUCAUAUAGUGAUGAAUUAUGCUCUAAUAAUGAAAUGGAACAGAGAAAAAACUCAGUUUCUGAUGAAUACAACAAUUUGGAUAAAAAAAAUAAAGCCAUUUUAAAGCCAAAUCCAAGAUUUGGUGAUGAUAAAACGUUCCCAUUUUUACAACCCGCUUCUUCAAAUUUAAAUCCUCAAGAAAUGCCCAAUUACGUCAUGAACAGAAAUUAUCCAUAUGACAAGGGCAUGAAUUUUGAAGGAAAAUAUUACCAAGGUAAUUAUAUGGUAUCUCAACCAAAUAUAUUAGAUGGAAAUGUGAAUAACCCAACUAAUAGCUAUAUGGCUAAUAAUGUGAAUAAUAAUUAUUUUAAUCCCCCAAAUCCAAAUCAUUAUAUUAAUAAUAUGCAACAAAAAAAUAUGAUUCCUCAACCUGGUUUUGUACACACUAAUAAAUUCCCAAAUAAUAUGAACAGUAGUAAUUAUUCAUAUCCGAAAAAUAAUAUUAUGAACAUUAAUGCAAAAAAUAACAACACCUUAAAUUUUGGAAAUCCAAAUAAUAAUAUGUAUUUAAACAAUCAAAAAAAUCAAGAACAAUUUCAUACUCAAAAAUUUAACAAACAAAUUCAUUUUAAUAAAAGUUAUGCUAAUUCUGAUAAAUCACCAAUAAAACCCCACAAUGCACACACAACACAACCAAUGAUAUCUAAUGUAUGGAUAAAUCAAAAUGCCAAUAAUAUGACAAAUAACAAUGAUAAAAAUAAUAUUGCAAAUUCUCAAAUAAAUGACCAAUUACCCAAUACCCAAAAUCUCAAUUUACAAGAUGAAACAAAAUUAAAUCACGUAAAUGAUGGUGGCACAAAUGUAGCGAUAGCUGGUGGAAACCAAAUGGUUAACCAAGAUGGAAUAGUUGAUCCUGCAAAUACAAUGGUGAAGAUUCCCAAAAAAUGCCUUUAUCUCCCAAAUUGCCAAUUUGGAGAUAAAUGCCGAUAUAUCCAUCCAGUGGAAAAUUGUCGAAAUUGGCCUUAUUGUGCCUUUGGUUCAGAGUGCAUUUAUAUUCAUCCAAAUGUUCCAUGCAAAUUUGGAGCAUACUGUGCCAAUUAUUACUGCAAUUAUUCUCAUGACCACAUAGAUACAUCAAAUAUGCCCGAAAUCGGAACAAAUGGCUACUUUUUAAAUAAAAAACUAAUAAAUAAUACUACCCAAAAUACAAAUAAUGAAAGCUUCGAUAACAAGGUUGCUCAAAUCUCGAUUAGUAUGCCAAAAACACCACCAGAAAUGAAAAAGGAUAAAAAUAAAUCCGAAUAUAAUGAAAAUGAAUAUAUUCAAGGUAUGUUGGAAGCAGAAAAACAAGAACUAAAUAAUUUAGAAAAUAAUAAUUCUAUAAAUAAUAAUAUUUUAGGAUUACAAUUAGGAGAAUGUACCGAAGGAGAUGGAAACCCAAAUAAUAACUUAAUAAAUUUAUCACAAACAAACAUACCUUUUAGUAUUAACAAAAAUAAUUUAGGAAAUUUAAGCGAAAACAAUGUUUCUAAUUAUAAUUGUUUUAAUGGAGUUUCCAAUUCAGAUAAAUUCAAUCAAAAUAAUUUGCCAACUGGUCAAGAGGCUUCAGAACAUAAAUAA